AUGUCUGAACAGCCGAGUGGAUUUUAUUUGAGUUGCCGCAAUAAUAAUAUAGAAAAAGUAAAAGAAUAUUUAAUAACAAUAACGGAACAUGAAAUAAAUCGUCUUGAACCAAAUGGUAGCACUGCUUUGCAUGCGGCUAGUUACAAUGGACACGAUGAUAUUGUGAGACUUUUAUUGGACAAGGGAGCUUCAACUACAUUAAAAAAUCGAUAUGGUUAUACAGCUGAACAAGAAGCUAGAACUGGUAUAAUAAAAGGAUUAUUUCAACAACGGAAAAAAGCAUUUAUAGUCAAUAAAAAAACGGGUCAAACCUAUCCAUUAAAUGGUGUUAAACUGGACCCGAAUGGUGUUAAUGAUGCACCGAAUACAAUACAAUUUGGAUCUAUUCAAAACUCAAUUAAUCAACUUCCGCCAAUUGUCGAUUUGAGAAAAGACUGUACCACCGUUGAAAGUCAAGGACAGAUUAACAGUUGUGUUGGUAACGCGUUAGCCGGUGCCUAUGAAUACUUAAUUAAAAAAGAAACUGGAAAACAAAUUGAUGUAAGUAGACUAUUUAUUUAUUUUAAUGCACGUGCACAUAGAAGUCAACAUAUUCGAGAUGAAGGCUGUUAUAUUUCCGAUGCAAUUCACAUAUUAAAAACAAAGGGUGUUUGUAAAGAAUCUUAUUGGCCAUAUAAUAUUGCUCAUGUAAAUACAAAACCAUCAUUAAAUGCAUAUAAAGAAGCUAGUCCAUAUAUAGUUUAUGAUCGACAAGGAAUUAGAUUAAAUGCUAAUCUUCAACAAAUGAAGCAAUCAUUAGCUGACGGAUAUCCAUUUGCAUUUGGCUUAAUGACAUAUGAUUCGUUUGCUCAAUCAGCUCACAAUGGAGGACAUGUACUGAUGCCAAGUCAAACGGAUAAACAAAAAGGAUGUGCAGGACACUGUAUGUUAGCCGUGGGCUAUAAUGAUAUUCAUAAAAAAUUCAUUGUUCGAAAUUCUUAUGGAUCGCAUUGGGGAGACAAAGGAUAUAUUUAUAUCCCAUAUGAGUACAUGAGUAACCCGCACUAUAAUCAGGAUAUAUGGGCUAUAAGAAAAAUUGCACAGCGUAAUUCAAUACAACAACAAACUGAAGAGCAAAAAGAUCAACAAUAUGUUAAAGAUAACUCAUGGUUCUGGAAUCUCGAUAAUAAUUGGAUUAAAAAUAAUUUUCAACAAUUUUAUCAUUUCCACUCUGUUGUAUGUAUUAAAUCGCAACACUUUCAUCUACUUAAUCAGCAUCAUCUCUUUGGUUCAGCUGGUACUGCUACGUCUAAAGAUCAGGUACAGGAUCCGGAAACGGCUAUUGAUGAUGAUGACUGCUACAUUGAAUGGGCUGGUUAA